AUGGAAAAGCUUCAGCUGACUGAGGACAUGAUCUUAUAUAGAAAGCCUUCGCCUCCGCCACCUCCACCACCUCCACCUCCUCCACCGCCUUGGCCUCCACCUCCACCACCUCCGCCUCCUCCACUACCUCCACCUCCGCCUCCUCCACCACCACCACCUCCUCCUCUUCCACCUCCCCCUCUGCCACCCCCAGCUCCUUUUCUUCCACCACUUCCUUUGUCAUGUCUUCCCUUAUGCCCUCUACUUUUUCCAUUUCCUCCUCCUUCUCCACUCCCCCUUCCUGCUCCACCUCCUCCUCCCCCUCCGUUUCCUCCUCCGCCUCCACCUCCGCCACCACCUCCCCCUCCGCCUCCACUUCCGCUUCCUCCCCCACCUCCUCCUCCACUUCCCCUACCGCUCCCUCCCCCGCCUCCUCCUCCACCAUCAGCAUCUCCUCCGCCACCUCCACCUCCUUGACCCCUAUUUUUUCCAGCAGUUUCUAUGUUCACCAUAAAUUCACUCACAGAAGUUGUGUUCCUUGCAU